UGAAACCUUUUCACACAAUGGCUGAUCAAUGACACGUUCCUAGCAUCUCUAAUAAGCCAAAGAAUUUAUCCUUGGUUGUAGGGUAAGGAAGUGACUAAGGAAGAUGAGCUUUCAAAGAAUCACCCUCUAAUUUACAUCCUUAAUGAGGAGCCACCCAAAUCGCUCUGCCAUUGAUUCCUUGUCUGGGCAGAAUGUCUGAGGGUAACAUGGAGCAUGGAAAGGUGCCUGGAAAUGCAGUGGCUAGGUUGCAGCCUGCAAGAGGGAACAAGUUAAGCCUGAUGGACAAAAAAUUGAAUCUUUUGACUGAAAAGGUAGAUAAAUUAUUGAGUUUCCAAGAAGACUUGACUGGCAAGCUGCAAAAGGUGAACCGAGGCAUUGAUGACAUAGGAAAGAACAUUGAUAAGUUAACAGCAUCCCAAGCAUCCACUGCUCAGACUGAUACAACAAAAAGAUGCCUAAAACCUGGGGACAGCAUUCACCCGUCUGAGACCGAAACUGUGUGCUCAGAAAUGUUGAAGCUGAUGAGAGCUACACAGCAAGAUGCCUUGAAGCACAGGGAGAGGCUGGAAAAGAUAGAAAAAAUGGUUGAUACUGUGGAUAAAGUCAUUACAUUUGUGGGAGAGACAUUCAAAAAUUCUAAAGUAGUGGAUUUCAUUCUGAGAGGCACUGUACCCUGGAAGAAAGGGAAUCUGGUUGAAAUCCUAAUGGAGACUAACGAUAAACCGGAAGAGAAGGUUGCAAAACCAAAGCAUGUACCUAGCAACAGAGGAGUCCAGGCCAAAAGCAAGGAGUCUUUGGAAGAGCCCAAAGGAGAAGAAAAGUUGGAUGAAAAUAAUGGAGCAUGUGAAAAAGUAAACUCUUUCAAUGCUGUAGUCUCCAAAGUUGACUCCAGUCCACAAGUUAAAGAAAGGACAACACAGCUGCAAACAAUAGCAGGUUCUGGAAAAACAAAUAGCUCUAAGAAUUGUCAACCACAAAAAGACACUGGAAUUAAAACUUUGAUUCCAAACCAUGGUCUUCCCUUCAUAAAUCAUGGCCCUGUGGGGAACAAGAAUGUUAUUGCUGAAGCAAUUGAUAAGGACAGAGCACCAGGACUGGAAGAACACUACAGAAAGCCUAUUAAUCAGAAAUCAAAAGAAAGUGAAAACAAACCCUCUACACUCAGCGCUAUAUCCAUGGAAGCCGUGCCAUCCACAUCAAAGUCUGUAUCCAGAGGAGGGUGUGAAGUGAUACGUACAAGGAUUUCCAUCAAUGUGCAGAUGACUGACACCCAAGAAAAGAUUCCAGUGGCCAAAGAAGGAAGCCUUGGUGAUCACGGAGGUACAAGUUCCAAAGUAAAAUCCCCUCUCUCCUCACCAUUGGAAGUUGAAGGAGUUAAACAUCUGAUUGACAAAUUUAAACACAAUCCAUGCCCUCCAAACACCAGAACUGACCCAGUUCAAGAAGUAAAAGGGGUGAAGCUUGCUAAUAAACACAAUGAACAGGAACCCAAAUUAGGGAAGCCACAGAUGCUAUUGAACAAAAUCUCAACUGAUAAAAAGCCCCUAGAGAAAUCAGAGCUAAAAUGCAAGUCCAUAUCCUCUCAAAGCACAACUGAAAACAAUACUAAAAAAGAUCUUGGGGCCAAAAUAAAAAGCCAUAAAGAAACAACAAAGACAAUGAAAGAAUCCACAAAGGAUGCUAGAUCUGAAUUAGAAUUAGAAUGUGUGGAAUUAGAAAGCACAUACGCAGGACAAAAAGAAGACAAUGCAAAUCAAUGUAUAGGAGAGGCCCCAGAAAAUACUACAUCAGUAGAAGCCAGCAAAGCAUUUGGCAAGCAGGAUGAAGUAAUCAUUGAUGACAGCCCUCCGCCUCCUGCUCCCUUUGAACAUCAAGUAGUGAGCAUCAAACAAACAGAGAUAACAACGUGCUACUCAGUGUGCCGGCAUGAAGUAUUAGGAGGGGGGCGUUUUGGUCAAGUUCACAAGUGCACAGAGGUGUCAACUGGUCUUAACCUGGCAGCCAAAAUAAUAAAAGUGAAAGGAGCAAAGGAAAGGGAGGAAGUGAAAAAUGAAAUAAACAUCAUGAACCAGUUAAAUCAUGUGAAUCUGAUCCAGCUUUAUGACGCUUUUGAAUGCAAGAACAACCUCACCUUGAUCAUGGAAUAUGUUGAGGGUGGUGAAUUAUUCGACCGAAUCACAGAUGAAAACUACCAUCUAACUGAGUUGGAUGCAAUCCUUUUUACCAAACAAAUAUGUGAAGGAGUCCACUACAUACAUCAGCAGUAUAUUCUCCAUUUAGACCUGAAGCCUGAAAACAUAUUGUGUAUAAAUCGCACUGGAAACCAGAUUAAAAUUAUUGACUUUGGUUUAGCUAGGAGGUAUAAACCUCGUGAGAAGCUGAAAGUUAAUUUUGGCACUCCUGAAUUCCUGGCUCCCGAAGUGGUGAACUAUGACUUUGUUUCGUUCCCAACUGACAUGUGGAGUGUAGGCGUCAUCACGUACAUGCUGCUCAGUGGCUUAUCGCCAUUCCUAGGAGAAACGGACGCAGAGACAAUGAAUUACAUAGUGAACUGCAGCUGGGAUUUUGAUGCAGAAGCAUUUGAAGACCUCUCAGAAGAGGCAAAAGACUUUAUUUCCAAACUCCUUGUGAAGGAGAAGAGUUGCAGGAUGAGCGCAGCACAGUGUCUGAAACACGAGUGGCUAAAUGAUCUGCCUGGCAAAGCCAAGAAAUCCAAGUUUUGCCUGAAGUCCCAGUUGCUGCUACGGAGUUACAUGGCUCAUAGAAAAUGGAAGAAACAUUUCUACGUGGUAGCUGCUGCCAAUCGGCUGAGAAGGUUUCCGAGCAUGUCUGUCAACCUUGCCUAGGCUGCUGUGGAAGAGCUAUAGGCAUUAGAGCUAGAGAUGAAGCAGAGAGACAAGGACUGGACGUUUCUCUCUCUUCCCCCACCACUUCUGCCACCCUCAUGUUAUGUAUCAUGCGUGUGUUUAGGUACCAGCACUGCCUCAGAGCACAACAUAGAAUGAAUUUUACUCAUCUUUAUAAAACAGGGGUUUCCAUAGUUCUGUUUUACAAGCUCUGAGCUGCUGGACAUAGUGAUACAUAAAUAUUCCUGAUAUAACUCCACUUAUAGCUAUGAUGAUAUGCUCAUAAUUAGCAGCUAAGUUCUUUGAGUGGGACCCAUUUUGUUUGGAAGUCUUUGAUUAUUUAUAUAAAUCCAAAGGGUGGAGUAUAGCAGCAAGCACCUGGUCAGCAGCAGUGGGAUACCUUAAGACUUUCUAUCUUAAUGAGAUGCCAUACUAUCACUUUUAGGGAGUUGCCACAGUGGAGAUA